AUGACUGCUAUUUGCAUUUAUUCCGGCAGCUCAGACGGUUCUACUCCGAUAUACAAAGACGUUGCCCGGCAAAUUGGUUCUACGCUUGCCGCACACAACAUUCCACUCGUUUACGGCGGCGGUGACGGUGGUCUGAUGGGUCAAGUAGCCCGUAGUGCGCUGAGCAGCGGUGGACACGUCACGGGCAUCAUACCGCGCGCGAUGGUGGCUGUGGGCGAGAAGGGUGAGCGCGGCAGCACCAGCCAUACCACUCUCCCCUCCCACCCAAACCUCGACUCUAUCGUCGUCGAUAGCAUGCACGAGCGCAAACUGGCCAUGGCUCACCGUUCCUCCUCUUUCAUCGCCCUUCCUGGUGGUUUCGGCACUUUCGAAGAACUCCUCGAGGUGACCACGUGGUCUCAAUUGAAUAUCCACGCCAAGGCGGUCAUCGCCGUCAAUGUAGAUGGCUUCUUCAACCCCCUCAAGCACCUCAUCGCUUCCGCUGUUGACGCCGGUUUCAUAAGCAGCAAGAACGCUCAUCUCAUCCACUUUCUGGAUCAUCCCCUCGAUGGUGACUGGGGCUUGGCUGCUAUAGACGCUUGCAAAAACUACUCACCCACUGGCGAAGAGUAUGCCUUUGAUUGGUCGCGGGUGUGA